CUGGCACGCAGACCUCAGGCUCGCUGAACAGCUGCGAGGCAACUUUUCCAUCUUCUUCUGCAUAUGAACACUGCCUAACUGCAGCUCGAAAAUGGGCACAGGGGAUUAUAUCAACAUUGCUAUGAGUGGAGGGGCGCCUUGGGGCUUUAGAUUGCAAGGUGGCAAGGAGCAAAAGCAGCCUUUGCAAAUCGCCAAGGUUCGAAACAAGAGCAAGGCUGCUAAGGCUGGACUAUGUGAGGGGGAUGAGGUGGUGUCUAUCAAUGGCAAACCCUGCGGAGACUUAACCUAUGCUGAAGUUAUCGUUCUAAUGGAAAGCUUGACUGAUGUCCUGCAGAUGCUUAUCAAGAGAUCCUCCAGUGGAAUAAAUGAAGCCUUGAGCGCUGAAAGAGAAAAUGGAAAGCACGAUAACAUAAAAAAUGAGGACUAUAGGGAGAGCACUACACUGCAAAUUAACACAGCCAAAGAGACACCCCACACAGAAUUCUGCAUCACAGAGAUAUACAGUGAGACUCACCAGGGAACAGAGAAAAGCAAUAUAAAAUUUUCUGAAAUGAAACAAGAGACCACACAGAGUCACAGAAUUACUCCUACAGUGAUAGGAACCUCCAAAGUGCUGGUGACAGAUGAGACUGCUUUCAGAGGGAAGAUAGAAGAAAGAAGGCCAGGCACUAUGGUUGAGCUGCAGUUGUCCCUCUCACAUGACGGGCACAAGGGCACCAAUGCUCCUGCUGUGACUCUCUUAGGGGCAGAAAAAUGCGUCCCUUCAGAAACAGAACCGAGUGUAAAACAGGAUGGGACUAGCCCUGUAAUUGCAAUUCCCCUGGGUAUAAAAGAGGGCAACAUCCACUGGUCAAGCAAAGUAGUCCAGGUUUCUAGUGGCAAAGAGAUCAAGACGAUCCAAGGUGCAGCUCCAUCUCUCCCCAGGGUGGAGGUGAUCCUAGACUGUUCGGACAGGCAGAAGGAAGCAUCCAGGUCUCUAGCCGAGAGGGGGUGUGUUGAUUCUCAAGUGGAAGGAGGGCAGUCAGAAGCACCUCCUUCCCUCCUCUCCUUUGCAAUCUCAUCAGAAGGCACAGAGCAGGGAGAAGACGACCAGAACUCGGAAAGGGAUCACAGCAGACCUCUCAAGCACAGAGCGAGGCACGCAAGACUCCGCCGAAGUGAGAGCCUGUCAGAAAAGCAGGUCAAAGAAGCCAAAUCCAAAUGUAAAAGUAUUGCAUUGCUGCUGACAGCAGCUCCGAAUCCCAAUUCCAAGGGGGUGUUGAUGUUCAAGAAGCGUCGCCAAAGAGCAAGGAAAUAUACUCUGGUUAGCUACGGUACUGGGGAGCUAGAACGUUACGAAGACGAAGGUGAAGAAGGGGAAGGUGAAGAGGGGGACAAAGAAAACACUUUUGAAGUGAGUUUGCUUGCAACAAGUGAGUCAGAAAUAGAUGAAGAUUUCUUCUCUGACAUUGACAAAGAGGGCAAGAUUGUGACAUUUGACUGGGACAGUGGUCUACUUGAAGUUGAAAAGAAGACAAAAAGUGGAGACGAGAUGCAGACGCUUCCAGAGACCACGGGUAAAGGGGCCCUCAUGUUUGCCAAGAGGCGGCAGAGGAUGGAUCAGAUUACUGCUGAGCAAGAGGAGAUGAAGGCACGCACUGUGCACGCUGAGGAACGGAGGGAAGCCACCAUGUCAGAAAGCUUCCAGAAAGUGAGCUGUUCAGCCUAUCAGACAAAAGAGGAAGAAAUGUCAAGCAGGCAGACCUCUGUGAGCAAGAGCUACCUAGAUGUGAGCCAGAAUCAUAGCAAAAUGGUACAACAGAAUGGCUUUGGGUUGGCACCAGACUCAGCUUUCUCUUUUCAGAGCUCUGAAGUUCAAAAAGCUGCCUCUUUGAACAAAACAGCUAAACCCUUCCCUGCCGGGGUUCAGAACCGAGCAGCUGCACCAUUUUCACCCACAAGAAAUAUAGCUAGUCCUCUUUCAGACAUACCGGCCCCACCUCCCUACGCCUCUGUCAGCCCACCUCCUGAGGUUCUGUACAGGCCAGUAUCUGCUCCCGUGGCCAACAGGGCCGCGCCACUCACAUGGUCCUCCACAGAGCCAACCGAACACAUAGCAACCCGAGACGAACGCAUCGCAGUGCCAGCCAAAAGAACGGGGAUACUGCAAGAGGCAAAGAGAAGAAGCACUACAAAACCAAUGUUCACUUUCAAAGAAUCACCCAAAGUAAGUCCUAAUCCUGCCCUAUUAUCCCUUGUACACAACGCAGAAGGCAAGCGAGGUACUGGAGCUGGCUUUGAGUCAGGACCUGAGGAAGACUACCUCAGCUUGGGAGCAGAAGCUUGCAAUUUCAUGCAGACUCAAGCAUCUAAACAAAAGACCCCUCCUCCUGUUGCUCCAAAGCCCUCAGUCAAGGUCUCUCCUACUGCCGGUACCCCGAUUUCACCAGUUUGGUCACCUCCGGCUGUAGCUUCUAUCAAGGCUCCUUCCUUCCCGGCUCCAGUCUCACCUCAGACAGCAUAUCCUGCACCACUCAAAUCCCCACAGUAUCCCCAUUCUCCUCCAGCACAUCCCCCAAGUACUCUUAACCUAGCUGGUCCUUUUAAAGGGCCUCAGGCGACCAUAGCAAGUCCAAGCAACACACCUAAGGCAACAUCAACCACACCAAGUGCUGGAGGAAAGAAGCAGACCUUUGAAAUACCACCAGCUAUGAGUGGAAAAGGAGCACAGCUAUUUGCCAGAAGGCAGUCUCGAAUGGAGAAGUACGUGGUAGAUUCAGAGACUGUGCAAGCAAACAUAGCACGAGCCCCAUCCCCAACUCCAUCUUUACCAGCUUCUUGGAAAUACUCAUCUAAUGUUCGAGCACCACCGCCUGUUGCUUACAACCCCAUCCUCUGCCCAUCUUAUCCUCCUACUGCUAACAAGCCUUCCUCUAAAUCUGCUGCUGCUACCAAAAAUACUAAAAGAAAACCUAAGAAGGUUCUCAAUGCUUUGGAUGUUAUGAAGCAUCAGCCUUACCAACUUGAUGCAUCUUUAUUUACUUUUCAACCUCCAUCUAGUACUAAGGAAGGCCUAGGGAUUAAGCAGGCAUCAAAGUUGUCUGCUUCAAAACAAGGUCUACCGUUAAGACCACUCAGUGCUGGCUCUCCUACUAAUGCCCGGGCAUCUUCAGUGUACUCCGUACCAGCCUACGGUUCACAGCCUUCGUUCCAGUCGAAUGCCUCUACCCCAGUAAAUGAAUCAUUUUCACCUACAGGUUACUCUGCAUUUUCUAAGCCAGAAACCAUCACGUCCUCUUUGUUUACUGCUCCGAGGCCAAAAUUUUCUGCAAAGAAAGUUGGCGUCCCCGCACAGGGAAGAAGCAGUGGACGCUCAUUAUCACUUCCUGGGAGAUCUUCUUCAGUCACUUCUCGAGCCAUAUCUCCUACAUCUCCUCUUACCUUUCAGCCUGCUCCUGAUUACUUUAGCAAGGCAGGUCCAGUGGCUGACAGGCCUGGCAAGAGACCCACUCCCUGGGAAGCGGCAGCUAAAUCCCCCCUUGGCCUAGUGGAUGAAGCUUUUGCACCGCAGAGUAUUGAGGAAUCUAUUGCAGCUAAUGUAGUAUCAGCAGCCCACAGGAAAACCUUUCCUGAGCCACCAGAUGAAUGGCAACAAAGAGUUUCUGAUGAGCCUCCAGUCCCAAGCGGCAGCGCAGCCUUACCUGGGAGAAGGCAGUCAGGUACCAUUGUAUCGCCCCACAAAGGCACCGUGUCUGCCCCAAGCACCGGUGGCUCUCAGCCGCAGUACGCCUACUUCAGCCAACAGUCCAGAACAGAACCUGAUACGAUGUCCAUGGAUUCCCGGUCUGACUAUUAUUUGUGAACAGCAG